CUCCGACAGACAAACUUCAUCUCUCAUCUCGUGAGCGUGUGACCUCAGUGUCUUGACCUUUGACCCUGACCACCAUGUCUGAUGAAUCCAGGAAGCCGCCGCACGUCACCCACGUGGGGCGCUACAGUGCCCUGGUGCCGUCCACCAACCUGGAGGACGGGCCUGAUCCUCUGGAGUUCGAGCGUUUUGACGAUGCAGGUGGUGAUGAUGCCGAGCCCAGAGGCCACGCACCCAUGGGCGCCUCCCUGAGUGUGUCUCACGUUGACAUGUGUCAGCAGAUCAACAGGCCCGCCCAUCACACGGUUGCCUUUGACAACGCCAACCUGGUGGUUCGCCGCGGUCAGGAGUUCGUGCUGCGCGUCUCCUUCAGCCGCCCGCCGACGCCCGACGACGACUUCCAGCUCGAGUUCCUGAUUGGCUCCAACCCCUCGGCCAAUAAGGGCACCAUGGUGGCGGUGACGUUUGGCCAGCGGCGUGGUGGCGGCGGCGGUGGCUGGGUGGGCCGGGUGCUCGAGGCGCAGGGCCCCUCGCUCGUUCUGGGCGUCACGCCGUCGCCCAACGCCAUCGUGGGCAAGUUCCGCACCUACGUGGCGGUGGUGGGGAGGAGCGGCAUGCACCGCACCCGCAGAGACCCGUCCACCGACCUCUACGUCCUGUUCAACGCCUGGUGCCCCGAGGACCCUGUCUUUCUUCCUGACGAGGCUGAGAGGAGGGAGUACGUCCUCAACGAGUACGGCAUCAUCUACCAGGGAGCUGUCAAAGCCGUCUCACAGCGCACCUGGCUGUACGGACAGUUUGAGCUUGGUGUCCUUGACGCCUGUAUUCACAUCCUGGAUGCGUCUCGGAUGCCCAUCUACCACCGGGGCAACGUCAUCAAGCUGGUCAGGAGGGGAUCUGCCAUGCUGAACUCGCAGGAUGACAACGGCGUCAUGGUGGGGAACUGGAGCGAGGACUUCUCCAUGGGCACGGCGCCGACGCUGUGGACCGGCAGCGUGAAGAUCCUGCAGGAGUACGCCAACACCGGCGUGCCCGUCUGCUUCGCCCAGUGCUGGGUGUUCGCAGGAAUCUUCAACAGCUUCCUGCGCUGCCUCGGCAUCCCGGCGAGAGUCAUCACCAACUUCAGCUCGGCCCACGACAACACGGGCAACCUGAAGACUGACCUGAUCUUCAAAACUGACGGCGCGCCGGACAAACGCAGCACCAGGGACUCCAUCUGGAACUACCACUGCUGGAACGAGGUGUACAUGGCGAGGCCGGACCUGCCGGACGGGAUGGGGGGCUGGCAGGUGGUGGACGCAACGCCGCAGGAGACCAGCGACGGACAUUUUCGCUGCGGCCCGGCUUCGGUUGCCGCCAUCAAGGAAGGUCUGCUGUGUCACCCGUUUGAUGCCGGCUUCUGCUUCGCCGAGGUGAACAGCGACGUGGUGUUUUACAAACGGGACCGCUACGGGACGCUCACGCCGUUCAGGGUGGACAAGCGCCACGUGGGACAGUUGGUGCUGACCAAGGCUGUGGGCAGCGACCGGCCCUUCGACAUCACGUACACCUACAAGUACAGGGAAGACAGCAUGGAGAACCAGAGGACGAUGAACCGGGCGGAGGAGUACGGCUGUGAGUUGGAUCACUCUGAGCUGCCUGAAACCCUGCUCUCUGUGGCCAUGAAUACAGACAAGGUCUACCUGGGUCACGACUUCAACUUGCAGCUGGAGUUCCAGAACCAGAGCGACACUCCCAGGACCAUCCAGGUCCACCUGGCCGGGUCGGUGGUCUUCUACACCGGAGUCGAGGCCCACACCUUCCGAGAUGAGAACUUAACCGUCACUGUGGGAGCCAACCAGACCGAGAAUGUGACGCUCAGGAUCACGGCUCAGGAGUACAUGCCUCACCUGGGCUCUCAGCUCAGCCUGCACUUCAUUCUGACUGGACAGGCUGACGACCAAUCACUGAGCGCCAUCGAGGUGGUCAACCUGGAGACCCCGCCCCUUAUGCUCAGGCUGAGCGGCAGGCCCAAGAUGCAGCACGAGAUGUCUGUGACCGUUUCCUUCACCAACCACUUCCAGUUUGCCCUGGAGAACGUGCAGAUGGCGCUGGAGGGACCAGGACUCCUGAGCUACAGGACUCAUUUCUACAGCGUCAUCGCGCCCCAGGGCUCCAUCGACUGGACGGAGACCUUCACUCCCAGGAUCGACGGCUCCAAGCGCAUCAUGGCCACUCUGUCCUGCAGCUCGCUGACUCAGGUGUCGGGCACUGCUGACCUCGAGGUCGAGCCCUGAGCUGAUUGGCUGACAGAGCUGAGACCCGCCCCCUCCCCCGCACGCCGCCACCAAUCACCGCCAGAGCUUCUGACAGAGUGGGCGGGGCCAAACUGCUGAACCACAGAGUGCCUUUUUUGUUUUUGUUUUUAAUUGUUUUAGUCACUUCUUUGGCUUCAUUUACACAGAGACAGAAAAUCUGACUGCUCCUAUUUUGCCACAAAGAUGAAUUUACUGUGUUUUCAGUGCCUGGAUUACAAAUAUUACCCAACAAAACAAAACAAAACCAGCCAGAUCGUCAGGGGUCAGAGGUCACAGCACCCUGAAAAUAUCAUUGGGGCAAAACAGAAAUGGAAAUAAGCAAAUUAAGAGCUGUAUAAGAUAUAAAUUAAACCAAUUUGAGUAUUUUUUUAAUGGAUCAAUAUAGUAAAAGACUCCAUAGGCCAUUUAAAUUUCACACUUUGCAUUUAAAACACCUUACAGAGGAAAUCAGGGAACUUUAAUCAGCAAAUCACAACAUUACAGUCACAUGUUGCAGGUCAGGCAGUUUGGUUGAUGCUAUUCAAAGCAAAAGCAAUAAAAAUGUUAAAAAUCAGAUAUUCUGUGCCGUGUAAACGCAGUCAUGAAGUGCAUUUACAUUCCCACAGUGUAAAAGUUACUGGAACUGUUUGCUCCACAUUUUAAUUAAUUAGUGUAUGAUUUCAUUUGAAUUUUUUUUAAAUUUUUUUGAACAACAGUGUAGUAAAACGUCCCAACCGCAAUAUUAUAUUUCACAUGGACAAUAAUGAUAAUCAGACUCGCAGCUAUUCCCAGUCAUUUUCACCUUUUUAUUCUCUUUACCGACAAAGAGAGGGAAUCAUUUCUCUGAUUUGAUAUCAAGAUUCAUAAAUACAAAAAAAAAA